AUGGGUUGGGUAUUGAAUGCCUCCCCCGAGGUCGACGCCUCAUCGCAAUAUCCUACGAUUAUAGCGAUCACUAUUGUUUUAACCAUUCUCUCACUGUCAAUUGUCACUACUCGACUGUACAUCAGAUGGAAAGCUCGGGGCAUGGCAGGCGAUGACUGGAUGUCAGGCUUGUCUAUGCUGUUUGCUCUGAUUUACUCGUGCAUCUGCAUCGCGCAGACACGAUAUGGCCUUGGCCUUCCCAUCCCCGACCGACCCAAAGAGAAUCUCAUUCCAUAUACACGAAUCAAUUUCGCAGGUCGCCCUUUUUACCAGCUAGGGAUAAGCUUCUUCAAGAUUGCCUUGCUGAUUAGCUACCUGCGGCUCCUACGUGGCACGGACAAUAAGACGUAUCGCAUGGUGAUCUGGAUUACCAUUGCGCUGGUAUUCAUGUCCCAUUUGGGUUGCACACUCGCGCUCGUGUUUGCCUGUAGCCCGGUCGAUAGAUCUUGGAACCCCCUCAAGGAGGGGAAAUGUCUUCCACCGGGACCAUCGUUUACCGGCUACGCUGUGGUCACAAUCGUCGCCGAUAUUGUUGUCGCUGUUCUUCCAAUUCCAGUAUUGCUUAAGCUUGAGAUCAAACUUGCCAAGAAGAUUGGUCUCAUUGCUAUCUUUACUCUGGGCAUCUUCACCACAGUUUGUUCGAUCCAGAGAUACCGACAGAUUGACCGCAUCCAAGAUCCGAAAGACGGCAAUUCAACUAUGCUGGUGCUUUGGGGCACAAUUGAGUUCAAUGUCGGGAACAUUGUGUCGUCGCUCCCGUUCUUAGCACCAAUCUUCAUCAAACGCGCUAGACAGUACCGAUCGAAACCUUCGAGUCACAACACUCCAAGCCGAAGCAAAGGAUUGAGGAGCAAUGGAUACAAACUCAAGGACCUUAGCCACACGGGCAAGAGGGAGCCAUCAAUCUUUACCUCGGUCGAGAAUGAUUCUGGGACUGGAUCUCAGGAAAAUAUUCUGAACCACGGUGGCAUCGUCAAAUCAGUCACGUACACUGUCGAGGUGGAUCAGGCCAAGUCCAAUAACGACAGCCUGGGAUCAAAUGGCAUGCAUCGUUAA